UACAUUUCCCAGAUACCGCUGUGCUGUGAUGACGUCACGCUUCUCCGACCGUUUCCAUGGGACCGGUCGGAAGCUUGCGGAUCAGCGCCCAGCCUGCCUGCCUUGAUUAGCAGCCUGUGUUUAUGAUGUCGGAGGACGCUCCGGAGACUCUGUUCUCAUUUGAGCUGUUGGUGGAUCACAUCCGACUGCAGACAAACCACAAAGCACCCGACAGGCUGGCCGUCGGGCUGCGCUUUCUGGACUUUCCGACGCUGCUGAUUUAUCAGCACCCAUCUGAGCGCCUUAGCUCUCACCGCCGCCAGCCUGCGCUAAACCAGCGGGACUUCCCCUUUCACAGGGGCAAGUCUUGUUUCUUUAAAAUGAACCCGGGCUCUCUCCGUGUCCGUCUGUCUGCCGCCCCUCUGCACGCCAUGGUGCUGGAUGUCACCGAGGAGACGAGCCCCAGGUUCCUCGGUUCCUCUCUCUUAUCUCUGGCUGAAGCCAUGGGCAGAAUCAAGCUGCUUUCCAGUCCCUCUGCCCACACAGGAAAGGGAGUCGUCGCCGUCUCCGGCCUCUCCGGGGAGAUGAUCGGAACGGCGUCCCUGAGUUACAGGCUUGUGUGUCUCGGGGCGAGUUUGCUGCCACACAUGACGGAGGGGAGCGGGUAUGAAGGCACGACAGGCCCAGGGGGUCAGGAGGACCAAGAACGUUCCAAGGAGAAAAACAAACCGGGGAGCAUGUGUUCUCCCACAGGGAGCGAGUCACAAUGUAGCCUCCAAGGUGGUGAUCCAGGAGAUCCAAAGAUCCGGUUAGAUGAGUCUGAGGAGGAUGACGGCGCUGAGAGUCAAACUGAGGAAGAUCUAACUGCGUUCUGCCCCCCUCAUCUCUACUAUAGCAACACGACGCCGUCGCACAAUGGGAACACAGAGCAGGAUUGCAGGUCGUCUAAUCUGCUGGACGCUGAAGGCCGUACGUUCGAAGAUUCCCUCUGCGCGGGGGAGGAGGGUAAACGGAAGGUUUCCGGUUUCAAAGCGGCACGCCGGGAAAUGACGCACGCUACAGAAACAUCCGGCAGCCGAGAGACGGACGUCCUCAGGGGGGCCCUGCGGCGGCUCCCGCUGCUAAACGCUCUCGUCGCUGAACUGUCGCAGUUGAGCGUUCGUCCCGAUCCGGCCCACAACACCGGGCCGGCUUCCAGCGAUCACAGAGACCCACGGCGGGCCGAGUCUCUGGAGGAGGACCCGCAGCUCACCGACGGCCAUUUAUACCGUUUAUCUCCCCCCAGAAACUGCUCCACGCCCCUAGUCGACCCCGCAGAGGUGCAACACGCCCCGAAAGAGACCCCGAGCGCCAGGAAGCCUCAGAGGAAGAAGCUCGAAUACGGAACGACUAAAACCUAUCGACUAAGGCUAAAGCAGAUCUCUCCUGUCAAAGCGAACAGUCGCGAAUGCAGGGCGCUGACGACGACUGACACGCGGUCACGCAGGACAAAAGAAACGGAAAAGUCAAGGGCCGGAGAGGUAAAGUCCAAAAAAAGAGGGUUCCUGCCCAAUCAGAGGCCCAACCUGGACGAUAACACCGGGACAAAGAUGCAAAGCGACGCUGCGCUGAGAGGAACGGUCACUCUGAGGCCUGCAACCCAGCAGGGUCCCCAGACGGAGCUGCAAGGUCGUCCCGUCAAGCAAGGGCAUCACGGUGCGUCGGAUCAACCAGAUCCUCAAUCCGACGGGUACCAACCCGCAGAUCCGCUCCCCGAACCCCCAGAGAGGCGAAGCAGCAGGAGCAGCAGUCCAGACUCUCUCUUUUCGCAGGGCAGUGGUACUGCAGAUGAUGCAAACUACGCGGAUGACUUUGACAGUCUUGAAUCUAGCAGUACUUCCUCUCCUAAUCCGGAUAGAAGCCCAGAGCUCCUCGGAGCCAAGGCCCCAAAGUCUCCCAUCAGCCCUCGUUCCUCAAGAUCUGAAGGUUUCCAGAAGAAAUCGGGUACACACGUCAUCCCACUUCACGCCCGCUCCUCUGCUCACAGCAACGACGAGGAGAGGCCACGUUCCUCGCAAUCCGUCUGCUCCAGAAAGCAGGCGGAUGCGAGUGGCCAAACGGAGCAAAUCUCCAGUGCUGAGAGUGUUUUAACGUCGAGAAGCGAAAAGGAAAAGUCACCCAGGAGCCGCAGCCUUGUCAGAGGAUUCCCUGCAGAGUCCACGUCCUCGGUGGAGGAGCUGGAGGAUGAGCUGGGAUCACUGGAUUUCAGAAAAGAGUACAAACACAUCUCUGAGCUUGUAGCCAGCAAACUCCCAGGGUACACAAUGUAGAGAAAAAAAGCAUUUAUGGUGACCUAAACUAUACUGUUUUUUCUAAAUGAGGAAAAUUUUUAAUUUUAUGCUUCGAACAGCCGGUAGUUUUGAAUAAAGAUAAGCUUUUCAGACCAUUUUCUGCUUCUUUCUUUUAUUUUUCACUAAGUUAUAAUAGAAAUGCAUCUGCUUGUUUGUAACAAAAGGUGAAAAAUCUCUUGUUUCUUCUGCCAGACAGCAGAACAUAGAUAACGUCUGUUUUUCCUUCAAGUUAAUAUGUGUCUGACUUGCUUUGUCAUCAUUUUAACAGCAGACUAAAGAUCAGUAUUUCUGUUUGGUUUUGCUUUUCUAGUUUGUGACCAAUUUACUGUUUAUUUUAACUAAAUAAUAAUUCAUGAGGUAGUAAGAAUCUUCUGUUAUAACUUAAUUUAUUUAGGUUAGACACUGCUUACACGUG